AGAGCGCUUUUUUCAACCGGCACACUGCUACCUGCUUAACUUUCAAACAGAUUCGAUAGAUUUAGGCACAUUUAAUGCCAGAAUCGGAUGAAUACAAGAAACAGGCAAGAUAAAGCGUAAAUAGAUUACCUCGAGCUUGACACAUGAGUCAGUUGCAUCGUUUUCAGGAAUCUGAGAAUUACAACACGAUGGUGCCGGUAGAUCCACCAGUGGGAUCCUUUCUCAAAUGCAUCGUCUGCGUCUCGAAUGAGGGAAGGAUUUGGACGGAAGUAAUACAAGGUUUCACCAAGGACUCGGAUGACCUGGAAAAGAACCUAGCCCACCUUCAGACGCUUCUGGAGAAAGCACACGUGAGGCCCAAAGUGAUUUGCAGAGGAUGCAAAAUGCAGCGAUACUGCAGUGUGUCGCAUCUUGUGGCAGAUCGUCCAGAGCACCAGCCACUCUGCCAGGUGCUUAGGGAUCUGCAGAAGUCCAUGAAGAUCGAUCACCCGUUGAAGCUGCUCGGCAGGAUCACCAAUCGUAGGAAGCUUCAGCUCGUCAUUUCCCAGCUAAAGAUGGUCCUGCUGGUCAAGUUGGGCAGACCUCUGCAUCAGCGGGAGAGUCAACUAAUCGGCAACCCGGCCGUAUGCGAUGUGUGCUUCAGCACUGGAGCUCUCGAGGACUGUGAAGGCUGUGCCGGAGUGGCCUUCUGCUCCGAGGCGCACCAACGUCUAGUCAGGGUCUAUCACACCCCACAGGAUUGUCAGACUCUGGCUCUGCUUGCAACUCCGUUUCGUCAAUUGAACUGUCUAGUGAAUAUCAAGGACUUCCACCGCAGCAGCCCUCUUAAGGAGUCGCAUCUAAUUAGGGCUUUCACCGAAGCCACCAGCAUGAGGAUUAGCGACACACCCUGGACCGAUCUGGAAUCGUACCAGCUAUUCGCGACCUGUUCCUCCUUCAGCGGCAUCGCCAGUCUGUGUCUGGCCUUGUCGCACAUUUCCUGGGUCCCAGAUCCGGAUAAAGCUGUUAUAGUUUACGUGGCGGGCGCCACUGAGGACACCUUGCGCUAUUUCCAGGACAUGCACUUACGUUUCCUGUUCCUGCAGUACCCAAGCAUUCGUAACUUGGAGAUACACUUCAUUGGAAGAACCCUUGGGCACCUUGGACAAGUAGAUAUCUGCUUCAGCGACAAGAACUUUGAGCAAACCGUGGUGAAGCACUUUUACCCCUUGACGUUUUCACAAUACUCUAGCAUUUAUAACGUGGAUCCCACCUUGCUUCUUAUCCUGCAACCCGAUUUCUUUGGCGCUGGUGAAGUAACCCAGAGAAUUGCUAGCAUGGUGCAAAAGAAGGUUCCGAUUGACUUCGAAUGGAAGGCUUGCUUGGCAAGUAUUAUUCGGUCCUUUGGAAUUCCCAUUUGCUAUACUUCGAUCUCAAAGGCUCAGGCAAUGUCCGACUGCGCGGCUAUCAACCUGUCCGCCAAGAAAAACAACAUUGCCAUCGAGCGAGCCUACAAUAUAUUGGACAAUCCCUAUCGCGAAAUAUUGCCACUGCACAAUCCUGCUCCCGAAGAUACCGAAAAGAUUGUGUACGCCAAUAACUACCUACAAGUUAUGUUCACCAGCAACAAAAAUCACUAAUGACUACCAAAGACUAUAUAAGGC